AUGUUUAAAGGGUCUUCAAUAAAAAUCUUAAUAAUAGGGCCACUUUAAUCAGGGAAAUCAAGACUUGCAAAUUAUAUAGCUGAUAGAGAAGAUAUUUCAUAAAAUGGAUAUAGACCUACUGCAGGAGUGAGAAUUUUAGAAUUUGAAAAAGAAGCACCAAAAAAUCCUAAAAGACCAGGUUCAGAAAAAGUCAUUGUUGAGCUUUGGGAUAUGAGUGGAGAUGCCAAAUUUGACUCUUGUUGGCCUGCAAUAAUUAAAGAUGCAUAAGGAGUUAUUUGUGUAUAUAAUGCGGAAAAUCCUAAACAUGAAUAAGAAUUGGAAUAAUGGAUUAAUCAAAUAUCUAAGAAAGCUGGCAUUCCUGCCGCUUUAAAUGUAGUAUUUGCUCAUCAUUUGACAGGCAAAGCAAUAAAAGGAUAAUCAAAAUUACCCAAAUCAUUAAGUAGUUUAACAGUUCAUGAUACUUCCAUUGAAGAAGGAAAUUAAACCAUCCAUCCAGCAUUUGAAAAAUUUUUUAAUUCUUUAAUGUUGAGUAUUUAUGAAAAAUAAGAAAAAGAAGAAAAUAGACUAAUGAAUUGA